AUGUCACGCAUUCCCCAGCUCCCUCGACCCACUGGGCACACUCCUACCUGGCUUUCCGAUGAUGUCGUCUCAUACGACGAGUCUCCCUUCAUCCAACCCCCUCUUAUCCAAGCCCAAUUGGCCGCCGUGCAAGUUCAACUGGAAGCCCUGGCCAUUGAUGCUGCUCAAGAACAAGAUGUUGAAGUGGACCAUGCUGUCGAGACCUAG